CUUAAUUCCAGCGAAGUCAGCCGUCCAACACCCGCCGCCGCUGCCGCCGCCGUCCAGCCAUCGCCGCCUCUUUGAUCACUUUCACAAUCCUCAGCUCGACAUUCAUCGGCUUAAUUUAAUUUCUCUUUCGAAAAAAGCGUAGCACAGAAAAUGAAAGGAGGGAGGAAGAAUCUCAAGAGAGCAGUCGAGGAAGAGAUGAUGGCACUUCAACACGGGCAAAACAUAAUGCAGGUUGUCGAUUUGAGGGGCUCUAAUCUUAUUGAGGUAAUGGAUGCAAAAGGGCAACAUCUACUCGCUAUAUUCCCCGCGAAAUUCCAGAAAAGCAUGUGGAUCAAACGAGGGAACUUUGUAGUUGUCGACGAAAGUGGGAGAGAGGAGGCCAUCGAAUCCGGUAGAAAGGUGGCCGGCAUUCUCACACAGGUGCUUUACCACGACCAAGUCCCCCUCCUCCAAAAAUCACCCGAAUGGCCCGAGAUUUUCAAAUCCUCGCCUCAGGAGACCUCAAAGCAAGGCGCCUCCAAUGAAGAAGAAUGUUCGAGCGAUGAAGAUGAGGGGCUUCCGCCUCUGGAAGCGAACACAAACAGAGUGAACCCUCUGUUGUUGCAUUCGGAUACAGAAUCUACAUCUGAUCAUUCUGAUACUGAAGAAUGAUAUUCUUGGAUCAUCCAAUUCUUUACUGAAACAACUUAAUUAUGUAUGAAUGUGAAAUUUUUUGUCACAUGAAAUUGAAUCUCAACUAGAUUUCUCA